AUGAGUCGUAGCGCAGAAGGUUACGCUGAUGCGCUCGCAGCUCAAGGCACUUCAAUAGUUGACAAGGAGGGUGAACGAGCCACAUUUGAAGAUUUGGGACUUCAUGCACCGAUGGCUGCAUCAUUCCGGACUGCCUUUCCAAAUGUUCUUUAUCCCACGGAGACGCAGAGGGAAUUCAUUCCUGCAAUUCUAGAGGGAAAAGACGUGCUAUUAAGCGACGUGACUGGAUCUGGGAAGUCAUUUGGCUUGGUUAUUGCUCUCCUAAACAAACCACGUACCGUUCUUAAAGGCACGAAGACAGAGAAUGCGGACAACAUCACAUCACUGGUCAUUGUACCUCACCGAGACCUUGCAUAUCAGCUUUUCCACUGGAUACAGAAGGUGGUCAACGUGAGCAACACGCCUCCGUCUCUUUCCUCUGUAGUGCAAGUUUUAGUCCGCGACGGAGGUUCACAUCUUGGCAAUGGUCUUUCUACCCUCAAGGAACAACCUCCACACAUCUUGAUUGGUACGCCCCAAGCCCUGGUGGACAUCUAUCGUAGCGAUAGUCAGGCGUUGCAACUUUCCACGCUCUCAAGUGUUGUUGUGGAUGAGGUUGACUAUUUGGUGGAAACUGUACCAAGAAAGGACCCUCAGAAAUCCUUUUACAAAGCUACGAAAAAGGCUGAGCAAAAAAUCCAAGCCCACCCCGGCGUGACUCGACAGUUGCUGGAUAUUAUAUUCGCACGAAGGAAGGAACUUAACGAGCGACGACGAGAUGAACCGGGCCUGUUUCAGCAACGCAGGAGGGCAAACAUCUUGGAUGGGCCCAUGCGGCAGCUUGGUACACCGCAGUUAAUUCUGUCGAGUGCCACACUACGAACGCACCUGAAGAAUUACCUGUUUGAUGAAAGUGGGUGGCUGGAUAAGGAUAACGUUUUGAAAGUUGCCGGCAACAAGGUAAAAAGGAAUGGAAGACUUUCUAGUGCGAGCCAUCAGAACGAUGAUGGAGCUAAAGCUACACAACAUUCUGUGAUCCUUGUGUCUGAACAUGAUAUCCGUAACAUUUCCGGUGCCAUGCCGCCAAUUGAAGAUUCUUCCGAGGGCGAAGGCAGUGGGCAGCGUGUCUCCCCAGCAGCCGUGUUUGCUCUACACGACGAGGAUGGAAAAGAAUCUGAACACUAUUCGACUACACGUUCGCCUUUCAAUCCGAACGCGUUGGAAGCCAUCGCCACAGCCUUUGCGGUUGAUGUGCCUUCCGUUGCGCUUCUGGUGCUUCCUGCCUCAUCCCCAUUACAGCGCGCAGUACACGAACUGAGAGAAUUGGGUGUAAAUGCCUAUGGGUUGGAUCUCCAUUCUGGAACAGCAGGACGAUCUCACUUGCUUAGCGGCGGAGAAGCGGUGAGCGAGAAUCCGACGCUGCUGGUGUCUACGCUUGCCACGACGCGGGGGCUAGACCUGCCUGAACUAACACAUGUUUUUGUUUUGGGAAUCCCAGAGGGACCGAAGGUGAAUGCACGUUCUGUGGAUGCGUACGUGCACAUUGCGGGGCGGGUAGGGCGGUUUGGGCGAGGAGGGAAGGUAAUUACUGUGGUGGAGGACGAUGAGAAGGAGGAGGAAGAAGUUGGGAAAGUGGUGAGCGAAGGAAGUAAGAUGAAACGAAUACUCGGAAGGCUGGAGAUUACUCCUGUUCGAUUUGAGCCAUUUGUAUGA